UGACAAAUUUUUCCACUGUCAAUGCCCCAAUUGAUGGGUUUAAGCUACUUUAAUGGCCGCUAAUGGUUGCAAACGCCAUCUUCAACUUUCAAGGUCAAACCUUACCUAAAUCCUUCCAAUAUUACUAGUACUCAAUUCAUCGUUUUACAGCAAGAACUUGUUUGGUUUGGUUGCCCCGCUGUAUCAGAGCUAGCUAGCUGUACUGCCUUCUCUAAUUUCAUCGAAGAUUCCGCCAAGGCAAACCUAGGGUUUCCCAUUAUUGGAGCUGAUCGAGAUCUCAGAGGUGAAUUCCUUUUCCAUUUCUCAUUCAAAACGGUUAAUCUGUAGCCCUGCUGCCUGCAUCUGCAAUUAGUUUUAUCUUUUUUUCCCUGUUCAUAUCCGUGUUGUGUGCAUCUGAGUUGAAAUUGGGGGCGACGAUGGAGUCUAGGGUUUUCCGAUUCUCCAUCUGGUGUUUAUUGAUGUUGAAUCUGUUGUGCUGCUGUAAUGGAUUCGAUCCUGUCGAUAAGUAUUACAUAAGCUGCGGAUCGAGCAGCGAUGUUCGAGUGGGUAAUAUCACUUACCUAUCGGAUAAAUCUUCUUCGAGAUUCCUCUCGACUCCUCAGGAUAUUUUGGCCGAUAGUCAGCAGAAUUCCAUCACACCAUCGGAGGAUUCACCGCUGUUUCGAACUGCAAGAGUUUUUACAGGACCGUCUAAGUACACUUUCUCGAUUAAGAAGCAGGGCAGGCAUUGGAUCCGCCUGCAUUUCUAUCCCUUCGUUUACCAAAAUUACGAUUUGAACACUGCGAGCUUCUCUGUUUUCUCUCAGAAAACUACACUUCUCAGUGAUUUCACCCCAAAGAAUGCUUCAGUGAAGGAAUAUUCCGUGAACCUCUCCACCGGUGACCUUGUGAUCGCCAUUUCGCCGUCGAAAAGCUCCUUCGCAUAUGUAAACGCCAUUGAAGUGGUCUCGAUCCCCGACAACCUCAUUCAGGACGAUGCGUCGCUUUACAAUCCUCCGGGGAGGUUUAGCGGGAUACCUUCUCAGUCUCUGGAGACGAUGUUUAGGAUCAACAUGGGCGGACCGUAUGUGUCGUUGGUGAAUGAUACAUUGGGACGAACAUGGCUUCCGGACAAGAGUUUCUUGUUGCAGCCGAAUCUUGCGACUAAUAAGUCCAAUAUCAGAGCUGUUAACUAUCCCAAUGGAGGGGCUAAUUCGGAUUCAGCUCCUCCGACUGUUUAUGGAACUUGCACGAAGAUGGAUUCGGGAAGUGAUCCCAGUGCUAAUUUCAAUGUGACUUGGGGAUUCCAAGUGGAUCCGGGAUUCCAGUACUUUAUUCGGUUGCACUUCUGCGAUAUCGUGAGUACUUCUUCGCUUGAUCUGUUGUUUAAUGUUUACAUCGAUACGUUCCUUGUUGCUCCCGAUCUUGAGUUGUCUCAGAAAACAGAGGGGCAGUUGGCUACUGCGUAUUUUAUGGACUUUGUCACCCCAACGAUCAGUAAAAAUAACCUUAGUGUAAGUAUCGGCCCGUCUCCUAUGAGUGCUUCUCCCGAUGCAUUUCUCAACGGGCUGGAGAUUAUGAAAAUGAACACCUCCAAGAACAGCCUUGCAGGGACAUCUAUUUUACCAUCAUUUCCAGCUUCGAAGAAAAAGUUGGGUGUGAUUGUGGGGGUGAGCGUAGGAGUGCUCGCGGCUUUAGCAGCUAUCGUGAUUCUGUUCUUCGUGCACAGGAAACGGAAACUAGAACGGCUCAGGCAUUCGAAAACGUGGGUUCCGAUAUCAGUUAAUGGUGGGGUUUCUCACACGAUGGGAAGUAAAUACUCAGCUGCGACGACUCUUAGCGUCGGUUCAAGCUUGAGCUACCGUAUCCCGUUUGUUGCAGUUCAAGAUGCGACCAACAACUUCGACGAGAACUGGGUGAUUGGCGUUGGCGGAUUCGGAAAGGUUUACAAAGGUGUUUUGCAUGACGGCACAAAGGUAGCUGUUAAGCGAGGAAACCCGAGGUCUCAACAAGGAAUGGCUGAAUUCAGAACUGAAAUCGAGAUGCUUUCUCAGUUUCGUCAUCGCCAUUUAGUUUCGUUGAUUGGGUACUGUGACGAAAAGAAUGAGAUGAUUCUGGUGUACGAGUAUAUGGAAAACGGCACCCUCAAAAGUCAUCUCUAUGGUUCCAAUCUCCCGAGUUUAGGAUGGAAGGAAAGACUCGAGAUAUGCAUAGGAUCGGCAAGAGGGUUGCACUAUCUCCACACGGGCUACGCAAAAGCCGUCAUUCACCGCGAUGUAAAGUCCGCGAACAUAUUGCUCGAUGAGAAUUUCAUGGCUAAGGUUGCCGACUUUGGACUGUCCAAGACCGGCCCCGAGUUCGAUCAAACCCAUGUCAGCACUGCGGUCAAAGGAAGCUUUGGUUAUCUCGAUCCCGAAUACUUCAGGAGGCAGCAACUGACCGAGAAAUCAGACGUGUACUCCUUUGGGGUUGUCUUGUUCGAAGUUCUUUGCGCCAGGCCUGUGAUUGAUCCUUCACUUCCCAGAGAAAUGGUUAACUUAGCUGAAUGGGCGAUGAAGUGGCAGAAAAAGGGGCAACUAGAUCAGAUCAUAGAUCAGAAUCUUGUGGGGAAAAUCAAACCCGACUCGCUCCGGAAGUUUGGGGAAACUGCGGAGAAAUGCUUGGCUGAUUUUGGGGUGGAUCGACCCUCCAUGGGAGAUGUACUGUGGAAUCUUGAGUAUGCUCUUCAGCUUCAGGAGGCAGUUGUGCAGAAUGAUCCCGAGGAAAACAGCACAAAUGUCAUAAAUCAUCUGUCUCCUCAAGGGGGCGAGUUCCAUCGCAAUGAUGAUGAUACGAGCGCAUCUGUCGCUCCGUUUGAGACGUCGAGCGUGGAUGAUCUUUCGGGUGUUUCGAUGAGUCGGGUUUUCUCGCAGCUGGUAAAGUCUGAGGGUAGAUGAUUGGAGGUAGAGACAUACAGACGGUAUGUAAUGUAAGUUGUGUGUUGGGUGGUUCCUUCUUUUUGUAGUCUUCCCUCAUUUUUGUUUUGCAUUGUUGUGCUUCGUUUUCUUCUGUUCUGUUUAUGUUUAUCUGCUCUGUUGCAUAUAUAUACAUAGAUCGAUAUAUGACAUCCCCUUUUAUUAUAUAUUGUGGAGUACUUAUUAAAUGAAAUUAAAUUGAAUGUAGUGAGAUUUACAUGAUUAUUAGGAGUGAGCGAGUGAGGAUAUGCUAUCGUGUUGAACAUAUACUUGGUUUGUUUGUUUCCAUUGGAUAUGAAUUAUGA